CCUUCCCUCCUUCCCUCCCGGCUCGGCUCGGCUCGGCUCGGCUUGACACGGCUGAGGGCUCCUCGUGGCCCUCACCGAUCCCCCCGGGGCGCGCAUCGCCACCUCCGCCUCCCCUGCCCUGUGCCCGCGCCAUGGCGGCCAUCCAGAACCUGCAGCUGUGGUGCAAGCAGCAGUGCGAGGGCUACCGCGAUGUCAGCAUCACCAACAUGACCACCUCGUUCCGCGAUGGCCUGGCCUUCUGCGCCAUCCUGCACCGCCACCGCCCCGACCUCAUAAACUUCAACUCCCUCAGUAAAGAAAAUGUGUAUGAGAACAACAAGUUGGCAUUUCAAGUGGCAGCAGAGGAGCUGGGAAUCCCAGCCUUGCUGGAUGCAGAAGAUAUGGUUGCUCUGAGGGUACCAGACAGGCUGAGCAUCAUCACCUACGUUUCCCAGUAUUAUAACUACUUCCAUGGACGGUCUCCAAUUGGAGGCAUGGCUGGAAUCAAGCGUCCUUCCUCUGAACCUCAGGAGCAGCCUGUUGGGAAGAAGGUGGUUUCGCAGCCUCCCAAACCGGUGUCUCCAAAACUGCCUCCUGCACACCCACCAGCCAAAGCUAAGCCAAAAGAAACCUCCCCGGUCCCCACGAAAGGGGUUCUGGCAGAGAGUGGGAAUAUCCGCAGCAGCAGCUGUGGUAUCUGCGGGAACCACGUCCACCUGGUGCAGCGCCACUUGGUUGAUGGGAAGCUCUACCACAGGAACUGCUUCAGGUGCAGGCAGUGUUGGAACGUGCUUCUUCCUGGAAGCUACAAAGCUGGGCCUGAGCCUGGUACAUUCAUCUGUAACAACCACCAACAGCCAGACAGUGUCCAGAUCUCUGGACUCCGCAGCACCGGGAACAAACCUGAGAGCAGCCCAGCCCCUGCCACUGUCAGGCCAUUCCAGAAAGCAGCAGAACCCAAGAAACUGGAGCAGGUGUUGAAGAAACCGAGCCAGGAAGGCCUCGCUAAUUCAAACACGCCAUCUGUUUCAUCUUCUGGAAGCUCUGGCUUCAGAAGUCUAAAUACUCCAUGGUCUUCUUCAGCUGUAAAUAAAUCAGAUGACUGCAAAGGUACCCCGAUGGGAAAUAAAACAGAUCAUCAUGGAGGUACCCCAUCAGAUCCAUUUCGGACAACCUCAAAAACAAAAACACAGCAAGCCCGAGAAAAUUUUUUUCAGUCUUUAGACUCCUUCAGCAAUAAAACCUCUGACACUACAAAACAUGUCCCUUCUCACGGCCCUGGUAAAAUUACCUCUGGCAGAACUGAAGCUGCAGCCAGUCCAGAGAACACUGAGAAGGAUCAGGCACGUAACCAUAUUAUGCAGGCACUGGCUGGGUCAAAAAUCUCUCCAAACAGGCCAGGAAGACUCAGUUUCACUGGCUCCUCAGCAUCCAAUAGUGGCAACUUUUCUUCCUCCAGUUCUCAAUGGCAGAGUCCAGCACCAAAAGCACAGUCCAGCAAAACAGGGCACACAGCACCAAAACAGGAGAAGAUCACAGAGCCUCUGCCCAAGAGCCAGGCUGCCGGCAAACCUGUUGACUCUGUGCACAAGCCGGAGUUAAAAGGCCUCAAAGAAACCAUGAAUGUUGGUGAAGAUAAGUCUGAGAGCCCAGCAGAGUGGAGAUCUCGGUUGAAGCCUGUGGCCAACAAAGACCAAGGUGGCUCUAAGAAGCCUACUGAUAACUCUCAGGUGGGAACAGGGAGCCCAGCACAGAAGGAAACAAAGCCAAGUCCGUUAGUUGUGCCAUCAGCAAAGCAGGACUCCGCUUCAUCUGGUGGAGUCGCUAAGAAGAAGUUGAUUCCCAGCUCAGAUCUUAUCAGGAGCUGUCAGAAUUCAAAGCAAGGCUGGGAAGACCAUGGUGGUUCUGUCAAGAAGAAGGAAGAGGGCAACCACCAGCUGAAUCAAAGCACUACCACAUAUAAAUCUUCUGCUCUGAUUAACAUUCAGAACUGUGAAGCAGUGUCCCCAACCAAGCUGCACCCAGACUACAUCCCUGAGGAAGAAAUCCAGGAGAAGGUACGUGAUAUCGAGAAGCAGCUGGAUGAGCUGGAAUCGAAAGGAGUGGAUCUGGAGAAGCAGCUGCGUGGCUGCGAGGGAGAUGAGUCUGAAGAUGCCCUCAUGGUGGAUUGGUUCAAACUCAUCCAUGAGAAACAGCUGCUGCUGAGACAGGAAUCAGAGCUGAUGUACAAGAUGAAACAGCAGAAGCUGGAGGAGCAGCAGUGGAACAUUGAGAUGGAGCUGCGACACCUCAUGAACAAGCCAGAGGAACUGAAGACACGGAGAGAGAAGGAGCGUGAGAAGGAACUGCUGGAGUCGUACCUGAACACAGUCAAUGAUCGGAAUAAUAUCGUGGAGUGCCUGGAUGAGGACAGAAUCAGAGAGCAAGAGGAGGACCAGAUGUUGGCAAACAUGAUCCAGAAGUUGGAUGGAUCUCUUGAGAACCAGGAGCCAGAGAAGAAGAAGAACAAGUUCCGUUUGUCCAAAAUAUGGAAGCAGAAAAAUAAGAGUUAAACUCAGGAGGGAUGUUCCCCGGCCCAGUGGCACAGCAAAGGCUGUCAAAGGGAUUUUCUUUCCUCACUGCUGCUUUCCUGGAGUUGUGCAGGACUGUGAUGAGGCUUCUCUCCUCUCUGACAUGAAGACGGCAGGUUUGCAGACCAAAGGGACAGUGCAAGUCCCCUCUCAUUGGUUUGGAGUGCACCUUUCCCAGAAGACAGACUUUAAGAGCAUUUUCCUUCUUUGAAGCUAGCUCAGAACUGGCUUCAACUUUGUUGGCAGCUCGGGAGAAUAGACCGCAAUUUGCACAUCCACUGCUCAGGUCACUGCAGACCUGAAUACAGGAGCGUGGCACUGCAUGUCACCCCGCAGUGCCCCCCUCAUCUCCGCCAGGGCUGUGCCAAGGAUGCUGAGCUGGUUUCUGACAGGGCAGUUCUUGCUCCCUCUCUGCGUGUGCUUUGGCACAGAGAGGUGCUAUGAGGCAUUAUAUAGAUGGAGGGCCUCCUCCUUUUUACACCAGUGCAAAUUGUAGCUGCAGGCCCCACAGCCAGGGAAGCAGAGAGCAGAACCACCUCCUGAACUAUGGGGUGGGAUGUCCUAGACCCAGAGACAUUUCAGCAAUAGUGCUCUGUUUGCAGACCUCUCUUUGAGAGCUGAUGUAGGCUGUUUUCUCAAAGCCAUGAGGGGUUACUCACUGCUUCAUUCCCUCUGUGGGGGAGAUUUUUAGCUUCCUUAUUUCCCUAACUGCACAAUGAAGCAGGGUCUUUGUUGCCUGUGGCCCACCAUACUGAAGACAAACAGAAGUCUUCUUUUAACAGCCUAUCUGGGAGCAGAAAGGGAUAACUGAGUUUGUCUCACCCACCAGCUUUCUUUGUGGGACAAAUAUUCCUCUCCUGAGCUUCUGUCCCUGGACAGUCAGCACCCUCAAGGUUUGCCAUGGUUCAGCUUGGGACCAGGACAGUAGGAGCAGGACAGGAUAUGUGCCGGCAUGCAGGCAGUGAGUCUUUCCCCUCCAUCCUCAGUCCAGAGUGACUGCAGCCAGGCAGCUGCCCUGGGUGGCAAUAUCCUCUCUUGCCAAUCAACCUUGGCAGCAGAGGUAGACAUGGGCAGGGAAAGAUCGGAAUAAUCCAUGUUGCCUCUAGCGCUGGUAAAUGUGGACUCCCUUGCACUUUAUUCCUCCCUCCACGCCAGAGUACUCUGAGAUUUCUCUAGGUCCUGUUCUCCAGCAGGGCCUGGGAUGUUGCUGGGAGGAGGUUUGCUGCCCGCUGUGCCCUGUGGCAGAGUGGAGGCGAUGCGUGCCUUACCCACGAGGUGGCAGUGGGACUCUCUGUCCGAGGCAGCCCACCCUUGGCACCGCAGGGGUGAGCUCAGUUUGGUACCAAGCGCUUGAGGGGUUUCCUGGUGCCCACAGUAUGCCAUGUAUAUGGGAUACCGUGUACCUAUGUAUGUUUUUGUCCAAUAAAGAAUUGCUGGUGCAAG